AUGCCUCCUCGUGCCAGUGCUUCUUCUCGUGGAAGAGGUCGCGGUGCGCCCAGGGGAGGGCCUUCUCCACGUGCGGGUACACCCACUCGAGGACGAGGCCCAGCAGCCCAGGGCGCCGCAGGGCUCCCUGCCGACCACGUUACAGCUGUUGGGGUCAAGAGGCCUGGUUUUGGUACCUCCGGACAACACGUCGUAGUCUCAGCAAAUUUCUAUGAAGUUUCCAUCCCUGAGGAGCAGAUCCAUCAUUACAAUGCUUUCCUACCAUCCGAGGAUAUCGUACCUGAACGCGUGAAGAGAUACCUAAUUGACCACCUCCAGGCGGUCAUUGCACCCCACAUCUUCGUUAAGAAGUCCAGCUACGAUGGGAACCAGAAUUUAUUCUCUCCUCAAAGACUGGCUUUUGUGCCUGGGGACAGCGCUGAAUUUACUAUCACCUUCGACGGAGGCACGGGACCGAAUUCUAACCCCGGAGCCAAUAUCUCGCAGCAAAGACAGCGUCCUUAUAAGAUUCGCUUGAAGAAAGUUCAAACAAUCAACUAUGACAUAGUACACCGAUUCGUGGCUGGCCAACAGAGCCCAGAUAGUCGCGCUCAGACGGCAUUGACGGCUAUGAAUGUGGUGAUCCGAAUGGAGCCUAAGGGGCGGUUGACUUACAACAGACGCUCGCUCUUCGCCCCGAACGAAACGAGGUACAUCGGAGGCGGCAUUAUCCUCUGGCGUGGAAUUUUCCAGUCUAUCCGUCCCGCAAUCGAAAAGAUAUUCGUAAACAUCGACAUUUCUACGGGUACCAUGGUCAAACCAGGCCCACUGUUGAGCCUUUGCCUCGAAUUUCUCGAUGAUGGCCGCGAUCAGCUGCUACACCCACAACAUCUCAGUACGGGUUUGUCAGAACGAGACAGACGCAGGCUGGAGAAAUUCGUUUUUGGUAUCGGCGUGCACUUUACUCACAGCCCACGAGGCAAUCCUCGCGCAAUCAGAGGCUUGACUACCGCUGGGGCAUCCGAUACCCUGUUUACCUUGCGCAACGGCGAGGAACUGACGGUGACAUCGUAUUUUAGGGACCACCAUAAUCUAAUACUCCAGUAUCCUGACGUGUUCUGUGUCAAGAUCGGUCAAGGUGCGAUGGUACCUAUGGAGUUGUGCACUGUCCCGCCCGGGCAGCUUCUCAAGCAGUACAUGCCUUCCAACAAAAUCGACCAGAUCCGUAAAUUCUCGACUCUAGAUCCGGCUGAACGCCUGAGGAGCAUUAAGGACGGCAUAUCCAUUCUUGCCCAUGGCCAAUCAGAAUAUGUGCGCCAUGCUGGUAUGACCGUCAACAGCGAGGCGGGUCCAACCCAGGUGAAUGCACGAGUUUUGCCUACUCCGACAAUGAUGUACGCCAGUAGCGGAAAAAUACCGAGAGUGAUCCCUCAAAAUGGAACCUGGGAUAUGCGGGACAAGACGGUGAUUCAACCUGCAACCAUUAACUCAUGGUUUGUAGCCAUAUUCGAUACGCAGAGACGUUUUACCUGGGUGAAUGCGAACGAGAUGGUAAAAAACCUUGUGAAAGGCUGUCAGGAUAUAGGUAUUGUCGUUAAGGAUAUCAGUCCUAGCAUGAAGUGGCUCAACGGUCAGGGUAAUAUCCACAAUCAACUUAACGCAUUGUACCGUGCGUCAACGGCUGCAAAGAAAAAGGAGCCAACUUUCGCCGUUGUGGUCCUCCCAGAAUAUGGAAACGACAUAUAUGUGAAGGUCAAGAAUUUCGGCGACGUCGAGCAAGGAGUUGCUACCCAAUGUAUGAAGAGUUAUAAAUGUGUUAGAGCCAGCGCCUGGUAUUAUGCACAAGUGUGCCUCAAAAUUAAUGUCAAACUCGGUGGCAUCAAUACCAUCCUUGACACUCAGCUCAGUACGGACUUGCUUUCCGACCCAGGAAAUCCGACGGUAGUGAUAAGUGCCAAAGUAAUGCACCCUGGCCCCGGCUCAGACCAUCCCUCAUUCACAGCUAUGGCUGGGAGCCUUGAUCCUGAUGCCGCGACGUACACUGCCACGAGCCGUAUACAGUCCAGUCGUAUGGAGACCAUUGAGCCUAAUGAUUUCCAGGCGAUGGCUAAGUAUAUCCUAACCAUGUACCGGGAAUACAAUGAGAUGAAAGCGGGGAUGCCAAAGUCAUACUCGCCUUCUCGCAUCUACUUUUAUCGAGACGGUAUAUCUAAGGGGCAAUUCCAACAAAUUUUGGACCUUGAAAUCCCUGCAUUGAAAGCCGCAUGCCAGGCACUUGGAAUGCGUCCAAAAAUCACCAUGAUCAUUGUGGCGAAGGGCCAUCAUACCAGGUUGUUUCCCAACAAAUCCAGUGAAGCUGACAAAAGUGGGAACUGUCUCCCCGGGACCGUCGUUGACCGUACCAUCGUUAGUCCAGUGGAAUGGGAUUGGUACUUGCAAAGCCACGCAGGUAUUACGAACUCUGGAACCAGCAGGCCAGCACACUACAACGUCAUCUACGAUGAGAACAACUCGACCCCGGAUGGUUUACAGGCAUUAUCAUACGCCCUGUGCCAUGUGUACGCACCCGCAACAAGAUCUGUAUCUGUUCCUGCCCCGGUGUACUAUGCGCGUAAUAUUUGCAGUCGAGCCAAGAGCCAUUUCAACCCCGAUACUAUGGUUGACCUUUUAGACACUCCCUCGAGCGACAGUACUGCAAUUCUCCAGAGAUACGUGCAAGAAUACAAACCAAUCCAUUCUAAACUAGAGCGGGUAAUGUAUUGGUCUUGAUCUCUUGAUUGCUUUGCCUGAGUACAAGACACGGGCUUCUUUCUUGUCGUUUGUAUAACAAAAUAAAUGUACAGAUAUUGUGUAUGAUUGGGAAAUCUAAGGCACGGACCGG